AUGUUCCACGUCACUAAUGUAUAUGCCCCUCCAAACAACAAAGACAGAAGUGAAUUCUUUGAGAGAUGGAGUCUAUCCUGGGAUGAAGAAUUGAUAAAUAUACUUGGUGGAAACUUUAAUGUUAAUAUAGAUCCCGAGACAAACCAU